AUGAGUAGUAACAAUAGUGUAGCAUCGGCGCGAACAAUCGCUGAUAAUCGUGCUCAGUACAAAAUAACAAGAACUGUUACAGACCCAAAUGGAAAAACACAUACUGAAACCAUCGAAGUUCUUAACGAUGAUGCAGUCAAACUUAUGCGAGAUUUGCAAUUACACGAUAAUAAUCAGACUAAUGUGAGUCGAUUUGGCUGUUUUCCAUUGACAAGUUCAACGAAAGUAUCACAGCCAUCCACAGCUACUAAACGUUCGAUGGUAACUCAAGAUAACAAGGAAUUUAUUCGAGAAGCAUUACAAGUACAUAAUGAAUUAAGACAAAAGCACAAUGUUGAACCUUUACGAUUAAACAAUGAUUUAUCAAAUUUGGCACAAGAAUGGGCUAAUUAUUUAGCUUCUACAGGAUCACUUAAACAUAGUAAAACAAAAUAUCAUAAUACACAUGUUGGUGAAAAUCUUCGUAGUCAAUCAUGGCCAAUAACAGGUAAAGAAAUGACUGAAGCAUGGUAUGGUGAAUGCAAUAAAUAUGAUUAUCGUAAUCGUCAAUCUUAUCAACCAGGAACUGGUCAUUUUACUCAAAUAAUAUGGAAAGAUUCUCGAGAAGUUGGAUUUGCACGUGCACACGGUGAAUCAAUGAAUUUUGCUGUAGUUAUGUAUUAUCCAGCAGGCAAUUUUCUGGGUGAAUUCGAUAAAAAUGUCUUUCCGUUACGUUAA